UCUCUCUCUCUCACUCUGGAAGCACAUUGUUCAACGCGGGCCCAUUUACCCAGACCGAAUGAAUGCCUUGCUGCAUUUUUACUGAAAACCAAACAGUUUCUGUGGGGAGAAUAAGGUGCGGAUAUUUGACGACGGCAAGAAGCGGACCGAGAAAAACUGAUCUCAUCAGGCUGAGGCUGAGAAGCCAUUGAGUUGAUUUUUUUUUUUUCUUCUUUUCCCGGUAGACGAACACGUCGCUCUUGCCGCUAAUUAGAUCUCUGCUUGUUCAGCGGUGGUGUGUGGUGAGCAGCAGCAGCAGCAGCAGCGGUGAAGAUGACGGAGUAUAAGCUGGUGGUGGUGGGAGCUGGAGGUGUGGGCAAGAGCGCACUCACCAUCCAGCUGAUCCAGAACCACUUUGUGGAUGAAUAUGACCCCACCAUCGAGGACUCGUACAGGAAACAGGUCGUGAUUGACGGGGAGACGUGCCUGCUGGACAUCUUGGACACUGCAGGUCAAGAGGAGUACAGCGCCAUGAGGGACCAGUAUAUGAGAACAGGGGAGGGCUUCCUCUGUGUCUUCGCCAUCAAUAACACCAAGUCUUUUGAGGACAUUCACCAGUACAGAGAACAGAUCAAACGUGUUAAGGACUCAGAUGAUGUCCCCAUGGUGCUUGUGGGGAACAAAUGUGACCUCCCAGCUCGCACUGUGGACACACGGCAAGCCCAGGAACUGGCUCGCUCCUACGGGAUCCCUUACAUUGAGACCUCUGCCAAGACACGACAGGGAGUGGAAGAUGCCUUCUACACACUGGUGAGGGAGAUCAGACAGCACAAGCUGAGGAAACUUAACCCUCCUGAUGAGAGUGGUCAGGACUGUAUGAGCUGUCGCUGUGUGGUAUCGUGAUGCAGCUCACUGUUGCAGGGUGAGGAGAGGUCCUACAGUGCAUAGCAGCAGCAUGGACUUGAAGAUUGAAACAACUGAAUGAUGAAAUAUAAACUUUAAAAAAAAAAAGAGAGAGAGAGGAUGAUCGAAGCAAAAGCUCGCAAGGAAACCAACAGAGCUGACUGUACCAUAGACCUUUAUGGAAAGGAGGACUUGGACCGUUGCCUAAGUGGCUGGCUGUACUCGUCCUGAUCCGGUCCCUCUUUUGGUCCAUGUUUGCCUGUGAGCAACACCACUAAUGACUCUUUGUCAACUCCAGUGUGGUCUCGCUGGGCAGCUCCACAAGUUCCUGCUAACUUAUUGUUUUCAGUCUCAACACUGGUCUUAAAGGGGGUGUCACCAACCCCCUCCUACCUUGAAAGCCUAAUUCCUCCCCCUACGCCUGCCCCCCCCCCCUGGAAGGACUUCCUGGACUGGACUGGAAUGGACAUUAGUUACCCAACAACCCUUGAAUAAAUGCCCCAUCCCAUCCUACCCUGCCUUUUGCUUCCCUCGAAUGGCUGUGUAGUAAUCUCAUUAUACUGGAUACAGGGGUUGGAGUCUGACAUGAGAUGCCACAUGGGAAUUACUAUAAUUUGUUGUCGUCGUUAGUCGUUGUUGUUUAACAGUUAGCCUAGCUGUAAAAAAAAAAAAAUAAUAAUAAUAAAACUAAAAAUCUUGUUUUAUUUUGUUUUGAUAUGGAGCUUUUUUGUGAUUGGAGGAUUUGAAAGUGAUCACUGAGAGCUGUUUUAUUUAGGGUGACACCUGGUUGACAUUUUUCAUGACCUGUCUGACUUUAGUUGGAAUUCGUCCGGGGAUGGACGGUGUUCUGUGUUUCAUGGAGAAAUCAAAGUUAGACGGACUAAUUUUUCCAGAAUGCAGCUGCUUUCUCACUCAUAGCCCCGGAUGUUUGUGCGCUAAGGGUUGUCUUUGUGGAAUAAUAGUAGCAAUGGCUUGUGUAGGUGCUGGUGCAAUAGGAUUGUCUAACUGUCUGACUUAGGCAAAAGGACUGAGUAUAAACCAUCUCAUGUCUACUUACUUUUUGUAAUUCUUUGGUUUAGGAAGGUAAAGUGCAUUUUACUUGCCUUCAUCUUGCCAAGGCUGGUAGGUAGUUACAUUAGGCGUCAGGGGCAAACACCAUUAUAGCUACAAUUAUGCAGCGGCCAUGACAGACUGUGGGUUGAGACCAAAUCAACAACUAGUUGAUUUUUCUCAUUUUAUUAGGUGUACACCCGUUCUUUACACUAAGUUGAGUUAUUAAAGGCAUUUCAUUCUGCACUGUUGAUAAGGCUCAGGAAUCGGGGUCCAGGUAGGUUUCAUCUCAAGAUCCUGGAGCCUAAGAGUUGGCGUGUCACCAGUUAUCUCUGCAAAGCGUAAGGCACAAGUCCGGCCUUACAGUAUGAUCUGUCAGACAGUAACACACACCAAACUAUUCUCAGACUCAGCUCUUAAAAGGAAAAACAAACCAUUUGGUGCUAAUCAUGUCUGAACCAUAUUGAUUGGAAGUGUAGUGGAUGACUGAUAAUUAAUUGGGUUUUGGGGGUGCACCGCUUUGUUUCUAGCUUGUGCUCUCCAAAGGACUGCUGUGUGUUUAUCUUCUUGCCUUAUUUGUUUGCUAGUUAGUACCUCAUGUAUGCAGUGAAGUCUACCUGGGACAAAUGUUUGGUGUUCUGUAUGUUUCAUUGUUCUGUUUGAUUAUGUGUGCAACUGAAGUAGAGACGUGUGUUGAGGUUAGACUUGCACUGUACAGUAUUUGAUGUUUGAAUUAACCCAAUGAAAGACAGGCCGCGCCCCCAAAGUACUACACUGGCAGAAGGGUUUCUCCUCAUGGCAUGCACGUCCAAAUGAAUAUGCUUGUGUUUUAAAGUGACUGAAAUUUUCAAAAAAUGUAAUGAAAAUGCUUUUCGUGAGGCCCACUCUAAGCCAUUCUGCCUGGCGACCAUAGUUAAUUCAGAUGGCCUAAAUUGUGAAUAUCCAUUAAAGUAAUAUGAAGGUCAACCCCUUUGAACUCAUUUCCUUUGAGAUUUCUGUCAAUUACAAGAAACUGUUAUUUAUUAAAAAAAAAUUCCAAAUUACACCCCUUGGUAUGGGCAUAGUGAGUUAGCACAGUAUGUUGCGUAAGAGACUCUUAUGUUCUCAGUUUUCUCAGAAGUUUUGCCCUCUCCCAACACGCUGAUCUCCAACUCUAAUCCAUGACAACAUUGAAUUAAAUUGUUUGCGCAAAUCAAACUUUUGCCCAGUCCCCCCCUCCCACACACCCCUACCUCUGCAUGAUGGCUGAUGAUGGAGAAAUCAUCCAUCAUGCUUAGCGAUGGAUGGAGUCCCACACACUAAGAUGCAAUAUUAAGAUGCAAGUGUCAAAAAGACAUCUCAGAGGAUAUCUGAAUGCUUUGAAAUGCUCUGUCACUGUUGUCCCCAGAUGGAAAACUACAAUAUUUUUCAAUUUAGACUUGAUUUUGUACAAUUAAAACUUACUCACUUAUAAUAUGGCUUAAAGAAAUGUGAUCGUGUAGUUAUCGUGUGGAUGAUAAUGGUCAGGUUGUCUUAAUCACUUGUUUAUUUCUUGGCUAGGAGGGCGGUUAUAAAACUGUGAAUGUCUCAGUGACUUAUUAGAUACGGUUUGAUUUGCUCAGAGAAUCUGUUAAAACUUACUCCAAAUUGCCUGUGUUAAAAUAAAAAAUACACAAUAUUGAAAUGAUGAAGAAUUGACAUGUUCAGGGUUGAUCUUUGGUUCUGCUGUUAGUUGUGUUCUAGCUAACAUUUAUUUUUUUUCGCCCAAUAUGCUCACCUUUUUCAUGGAUAAGGGUAUGGAGGUCUUAACACGUAUUUACAGUCUCCAAAGUAUGCUUGUCCUUUCCCUGUGUGUACCUUUAUACAGUACAUCCUCGAUAAUAUCAAAUUCCACAAAACUAUGCAUUCAAUUCCCAUUACAGAAGAAUAUCAGUGUCAUGUUGCAGCAGGGAUCCUCAGCCAGCAAACCACAAUUCUACAUGUCUGAAUCGCUGGCAAGCAUGACAAAAACUAUGUGGACCAUUGGGAGUUUUGCACAAGGAUACAGUGGGCUUAAGGGCUUGUUUCUCCCUUGCAAACUGUGGAAUGAGGCGUGUGGAAGAAAUUUGUGAAAAUGUCAACUGUUUAAAUAUUUAAGAUGUAUUUACUCUUCAACAAUGUGGCAAAUGUAUAGCAGGACGGGAAUAAAGAUGUCAAGAUGAACCCA